CCACCUCCCUGCUCCUUGCGGCCGCCAUGACGAACUUCAUCUCGGUGCAGCUGAAGAAGGCCGCGGAGGUGGACUUGGCCAAGCCGCUAUGCAAGUUCAUUCAGCAGAGCUACCCGGGUGGCGACGCGCAGGCCGAGCACUGCCGCGCUGCCGAGGAGCUCAGCAAGCUCCGUAAGAGCGCGCUCGGCCGCCCGCUCGACAAGCACGAGAGCGCGCUUGAGACUCUUCUCAGAUACUAUGAUCAGCUGUGUUCAAUUGAGCCAAAGUUUCCAUUCUCUGAAAAUCAGGUCUGUGUAACAUUUACAUGGAAAGAUGCUUUUGAUAAAGGAUCACUUUUUGGAGGAUCUGCCAAAUUGGCUCUGGCAAGUUUGGGGUAUGAGAAGACCUGUGUUUUGUUCAACUGUGGAGCAUUGGCAAGCCAGAUUGCAGCAGAACAGAAUCUAGAUAAUGAUGAAGGACUAAAAGCUGCAGCUAAGCAUUAUCAGUUUGCAAGUGGUGCUUUCCAACACAUUAAAGACACGGUUCUGUCAGCAUUGAAUCGAGAACCUACAGUGGACAUCUCUCCAGACACAGUUGGAACUCUCAGUCUUAUAAUGUUGGCUCAAGCCCAAGAAGUCUUCUUCUUGAAAGCUACAAGAGAUAAAAUGAAAGACGGUAUCAUAGCCAAACUAGCUAAUCAAGCUGCAGAUUACUAUGGAGAUGCUUACAAACAAUGUCAAUAUAAAGAUACUUUGCCCAAGUAUUUUUAUUUCCAGGAGGUGUUUCCUGUUCUGGCCGCAAAGCACUGCAUUAUGCAGGCCAAUGCAGAGUAUCAUCAGUCUAUCCUGGCAAAACAGCAGAAGAAAUUCGGUGAAGAAAUUGGGAGGUUACAGCAUGCAGCAGACUUAGUGAAAACGGUGGCGUCUCGUUAUGAUGAAUAUAUAAAUGUGAAAGAUCUGGUUGACAAAAUCAACCGUGCACUUACAGCCGCCAAGAAAGACAACGACUUCAUUUACCAUGACCGGGUUCCUGACCUGAAAGACUUGGAGUCCAUUGGAAAAGCCAGUCUUGUGAAGUCUACUCCAGUUGUUGUUCCACUCAGUCAGAAAUUCACUGACCUGUUUGAGAAGAUGGUUCCAUUGCAAGUUCAGCAGUCUGUGAGUGUUUAUAACCAGAGGAAGGCAGAUCUAGUGAACAGGUUAAUAGCCCAGAUGAGAGAAGCCACAAACCUGGCAAAUGGUGUGUUGGCUUCCCUCAAUCUUCCUGCUGCUAUCGAAGAUGUGUCUGGGGAUACUGUGCCUCAGUCUAUUUUGACCAAGUCUAAGUCUGUGAUUGAACAGGGAGGAAUUCAGACUGUUGAUCAGCUGAUCAAAGACCUGCCUGAACUGCUACAAAGGAACAAAGAAAUUUUGGAUGAAUCACUAAGAUUAUUAGAUGAAGAAGAAGCAACAGACAAUGACCUGCGUACAAAAUUCAAAGAGCGCUGGCAGAGGACUCCAUCCAAUGAUCUCUAUAAGCCUUUACGGGCAGAGGGAGCAAACUACCACAAUAUCUUGAAUAAAGCUGUGCAAGCAGAUGGCCAAGUUAGGGAGCGCUAUCAGUCUCACCGGGACACCAUUGCCCUUCUCUGUAAGCCUGAGGCAGAACUCAAUGCAGCCAUUCCUUCUGCCAACCCGGCAAAAACAUUACAAGGGAGUGAGGUUGUUAAUGUCUUAAGAACUUUGCUGGCCAAUCUGGAUGAAGUUAAGAAGGAGAGAGAACAACUUGAAAAUGACCUGAAAUCUGUAAACUUUGACAUGACAAGCAAAUUCCUGACGGCGCUUGCACAGGAUGGUGCUAUAAAUGAGGAGGCAAUCUCUGUGACUGAGUUGGACAGAAUUUAUGGGAGUUACACACAGAAAGUGCAAGAGUCCCUAAAGAAGCAGGAAGAACUCCUCAAAAACAUUCAGAAUGCACAUCAGGAUUUCUCAAAGAUGAAACAAUCAAACAACGAAUCCAAUUUAAGAGAAGAAGUUCUCAAGAACUUGGCUGUGGCAAACGACAACUUCGUGGAACUUGUUGCCAAUUUGAAAGAAGGCACAAAGUUUUACAAUGAGCUGACGGAACUCCUGCUGAAAUUCCAAAACAAAUGCAGUGACAUUGUCUUUGCUCGCAAGACUGAAAGAGACGAACUGCUCAAAGAUUUGCAGCAAAGCAUUGCUAGGGAGCCCAGUGCUCCCUCUAUUCCUCUGCCUACCUAUCAGACCACAGCAGCUGGAGGAAGCAAGCCUGCAGCAUCAUCAGCUCCUACUCCAGCACCCAGAACCAUGGUGGGGACUAAACCACAGCCACCAGCACGGCCACCACCACCAGUAAUUUCUGCAGCAAGCAGUUCCUCUUCUACAUCAGCACCCUCUGGAACAGCUCCUGCUCCUGCUGCUGCUCCUGCUGCUCCUCCUGCUCCAGGAGCCAGCGCACCUGCAGCAAGCACUGCACCAUCACAGGCACAGGGACCUCCCUACCCAACUUAUCCAGGUUACCCAGGGUAUUGCCAGAUGCCAAUGCCAAUGGGCUAUAAUCCAUACAUGUAUGGUCAAUAUAAUCUGCCGUAUGCUCCUUCACCUGUCUAUCAAAACCCUGGACAAGCACCAUAUCCGACACCUCAACAACCUGGAUACCUAUUUCCUCAACAGCCUUAUUACCCUCAGCAAUAAUGUAUCUGCAAAGAAGCUCUGCUUGUUAAAAUUGGAGAGAAAUUGGCAAUAAGCAUACUAAAACUUUUAGCUUCAGUUACUGUACCAUACUGAACUGUAUGCAGUCUAUAAUUCCUGUUCGUUGUUAACUGAUCAGUUCUUGAUUACACUAAACACCCUGAAAGAUCUGCUGCAGUGGUUUAGACUGUAGACUAAUACCAGAAUUAGAGCCUAAUUCCGUGGUCUGAAACUGUACACUACCUGUUGGCUAGACCAAAAUACUUGUCUUCAGAAGUCCUGUAAGUAACAGAUGGGUUCAGAUGAGGAAAACGAAGCAGUGCGUGCACUGGGUGUGAUAUAUUCUAGGGAACCAUACAGCGUUUCCUUCUCUACCCUUUUGGCUUGUAUUUUUUGGAGGGUUUAGUUAAAAAUGCUUAUUUUGUCUAAUAAUCAAGGCCUUGUAAAUCGUCAGUAAACAAAAUAAAUUACUGAAGAGUGGUUUAAA